AUGUCGACCGCCGCCGGCGUUAAGAACCCCUCGCCUGUUUCCUCGGCGAGCCUCUUAAUCCGGCGGCGCGGGAAGCCCGUCCCGGCUCUGCUCGACCUCGCGCCCCUGGCCGCAGCCCCGCCGCAGUCGACCAAGGUUGAAGGCGAGUACACAAGCCUUCGCGACGUCAUGGGGGGGCCGCCACCGGCGCCAGGGCUCUCAUCCCCUGUCGCCACCCCCGGCGGCGAGAUCCGUAUAAAGAACCGCCUGGUGCAGCAGGCGGCGCAGGCGUACCUGCAGCCGACGCCCACGGCCGCCUCCAGCCACCGCCGCCGUGGGCUCCUCCUCACCUCAGACGACUCCUGCGGCGAGCACCUCUCUGACUGCCUCCGCUUCUUCGGAGGACUGUGGCAGUCCCUCUGGCAUUCAUUUUUCCCGUUAGAAUCCCGCAGCUUGCUCGUCAUUCACAUCAAAUGCUGA